AUGUUAUCCUCAUCAACCUCUCCGAAACACUUGCAUCAAGAACAACACCAUCAUUUCGGAAUCAAAACGAACCUAACCCUAACAACAGCAAUAACAACAUCCAAUAUAGGUUUACAACAUCUCGAUCAUUCAUCGCUCGGAUUGAUCUUUUCCUUUCUUCCAUUGAAUCAAUUGGCCUUUCUGAGUGAAUCGGGAUUGGAUCUUGUAUGUAAGAGGUUUUUCCGAGUUUUGCAUGGUGAUGAGGGUGUGUUGUUGAACUUUUGGAGAAGGGUGUACAUGAGGGAAUAUGAAAAAUCGAGUUUGUGUCCAUCGUUUUCAUACCGUGAGCUGGCGCAUUAUGUGACAAGCGACAAUUCCAGAGAUGCUGUGAAUUUUCCGAAUGAUCCAUCCGUCAUGACCACAGUAGUUCAUGAUGAGAAUAUUAAGGAAUCAAUGUCUCCUACAACCCUUGAUAAUUCGGAAUACUCAUUGAGCUGGAACCUUUCUCAAUCACACUGGACCAGUGAUCAUCAUGAGGACUCAAGUCAAGUAUUUCGAUGGCUUCUUGUCAACCUCAUUCGUUCACGAGAUCGAGUGCAAAGCGGAGGUGUGGAAAUGAGAGAAAACUUUUCACUCGUGACACCACUCUUAAGCUUGGAAAGUAGAUGUGUUCCUACAUGUUUCUCAGUGUGCAAUGUUUUGAAUCGAUGUGUGGAAUUCAUUGGAAUUGGAACGUUUGAUUACAAACUUCAACUCUAUGUGAGAGAUUAUGGUCAAGAAUUUUUGCAAGGCUUCCAUCGAAAGCAGACACGCUUUUCAAAAAAGACCACAAACUCUCUGAGUGUCACUAACGAGCCAAUGAAUCAACCAAUGGACGCAGACAACGAAGAUCUUCUUGAAGAGGACGAAAGUGAGGAGGUUAUAUCUGCCUCUUCAUUGGUUGGCUCUGAUAGCAAGUACCACUUGGUGGAUAAAACCAUUUCUGCUCAUUAUGACGAAAUUACUUGCAUUCGAUUUCUUAAUUCUCAAUAUUUUUCUCACACACCUCGCUAUUAUCAUGAUGACAAUAGUGUGCAUAAUAAUCCUAUCAAUGCUAAAAGUAGUGCCUCAAUAGCUCAAUCCUCAUUACUCAUGAUUACUGGUUCUAAGGACAAGACGAUUAAGGUUUGGAAAAUUGAAUUUCCAAAAGCACCACAACAGUCGUCAUCACUCGAUUUCUCAAAGAAUUUCCAUAUUGAAUGCAUGGCAACACUCUCCGCACACACCGAUUGGAUCCGUGAUGUGAUUCCCAUGAGUAAGCAUCCUGAUAAGCUUGUAUCCAUAUCUAGAGACAAGUCCAUUAAAAUUUGGUCUCUCCACACCAUGCAAUUGAAACACAGUAUUCAACCCAACAAUUUGGUAUGGUGCAUGGCAGAUCAUGUAGAUAAGGGGCUCUUAAUCACGGCCUCCACGAGUGGUGAAUUGAUCUUUUAUGAUGUUCACUCGGGCAGUGUGGUACAUCGCAUGAAACCACACAGCGAUCUCAUCACCAAGAUUUUGUACGUUCCAGCACUUCCUGUGACUUACUCUCAUGACAAUGAAUACAGGACAUGGAACUCUCCAAAACUCCCAUCUAUACCCUUAAUUAUUACAUGCUCCUAUGACAAGUCCAUUUCUGUGAUGAAUGCGAACAAUUUUGAAAGACUUGUACGCAUUGAUGAAGCUCAUUCGACUCCAAUAUUUUCCAUUUCCAUGCAUGGCCAACGACUCACAUCAAGCUCUGUGGACGGUUGUGUGAAAAAUUGGAUACUCUCCAUUUCCAACUCAUCUUCAGCAACAGGUACCAUUGUGGACUUACAGGCCAGUAUGGAACAAUCUCUCAUUGGUUACAGAUUGCCACACGAGUUGAAUCGAGCAAGUAAUAUUUUUGACAUGAACAAGAAUCGACAAGUGAAAGUUGUGUCGUCUGUUCGAUCCAAUACUACCGAAGAUAUUAUAAUUUCGAAUAGUGACUCACAUAAUUUUUUAUGUGUAUGGACAUCCAAGCAUCAUCAGGACAACUCGUCACAACUCAUUCGGUAUCCUCUGCCAGAUGUUGUUCUCAAUCCAAAAAAUCACUAUUCCAUUCAACAAUUAUUGAAAGUGUUGCCUUCCGAAAUUAUUGUCAAGGACUUUACAAUUUGUGGAAAUCGGAUUAUUUGCUUGCUUGAAUUUUUACCCAUAGAUCCAUCCAAUUCCUCUACGAAUACGGGUGGUGCUCUUGCCAAUAGUGUAUUUAUGCAAAAAAGAGGAUGUAUUUGCAUGUGGCAAUUGUAA